AUAAUGGACUGGACGGACGAUUCUUCAGGAACAACAACACGGAUACUAUUUCAACCACCUGGGUAGCUUGCUAGACAAGAUAAAACUGAAAGAUUGACGUUUUAGGCCAUGUUAAUAUACAUUAGCUAAUCGCAGUGUUUAAAACACAUUUCAGUUGACGUUAACUUGAACCUAAUGUGCUUGUUCAAUUUGCAAAUUUGUUAAAGAUUGAUACUGAGCCUAGCACUAGGCUAUUCGCUAAUGCUAACUAGCUAGCUAACAUCCCUGACCAUGAGCUCAUUAAACUACUCAUCCCCUGCUAAAGAAGAGGAUGUCUGCUGUUCGGAGAAAGAAGCUCUGGCGCUGAACAUUGUCGUGAAAGACGAAGAGGAGGAUAUUACAGUGAAAGGAGAGAAAGAUGCUCUGGCUCUGGACAUUGUCGUGAAAGACGAAGAGAAGGAUAUUACAGUGAAAGGAGAGAAAGAAGCUCUGCCGCUGAACAUUGUCGUGAAAGACGAAGAGGAGGAUAUUACAGUGAAAGGAGAGAAAGAUGCUCUGGCUCUGGACAUUGUCGUGAAAGACGAAGAGGAGGAUAUUACAGUGAAAGGAGAGAAAGAUGCUCUGGCUCUGGACAUUGUCGUGAAAGACGAAGAGGAGGAUAUUACAGUGAAAGGAGAGAAACAACCUUUCAGAAUGGAAGAGGAGGCUGUUAUAGGGAAAGAAGAGAAAGCAUACUCUUCCUCUCUAAAAGGUUCUAUCACAGUAAAGGUGAAGGAGGAAGACGUUUUGGGAGUGAAAGAGGAGGAGACAGAAUAUCAGAUUAAUAGCAGAGAGAGACAUGACUAUCAUGGAUCCUCUGGGGAGCCUCAACAACAUCCUGAUGCUGACGAGACAGAGAAGAGUCUCUCCAGAUCAGACCACCAGAUGGACAACGCUAGCCCUUCCUCCCUCCCGGAGUCCCCGUGUCGUGCCUCUCCCGGUAGCACCUUACUGCUGGGUAUGAAGAGGUUGUCUGUGCUGCUGGUGGACUGCAGGAAAACAACGGGGCUGAGUGGAACUGUGAGAGGAGGAGAAGAGAAGAAAGGAUCAGAUUUGACACAUCAAAGUAAGUGCU